GGUGCGAGGUGGCCUGCAGAGCGCAGCCCCGGACCCUUGCCCGCCUCUGGGAGGGCGGGGCCGUGCACCGGCGACAGCCCUGAGGGAGGAGAGCCCAUUAGGGACAAGACUCUGGGUUGCUUGGAGUGUGGUGGUUAUAGGUUCUGGCUUCAGACCCCUUAUUUGUAGUGUAACUUUGAAGGGAGCAGUGAUGGAAGUUGCCUUAGUUUACAGUGAUUCACAGUUGGGAGAGGUGAAGGCACUGGAGUUGGGUUUGUUCCCAUUUGGGGACUUCAUUUUGACCGUGUGUGCCUCCACUUGAGUAGUCGGUAGUGGAAUUCGCCUUAAAAAAAAAACUGAGUUAUUUGAAAACGCGUGAUGAAGGGAGCAGAAUGAGAGAAAAAGCGGAAUUCCUGGAAGUCCGCCUUUUUACCCUGAAGAGUUUCUGUUUUUAGAUCUUUGCAAAAGAAAAGGUACGAGAGGCCUACAACAUAACACCAAAAAUUACCUUGAUAGUCGCUGAUGUGAUUAAAAUAUUCUAAAUGAAAAUUUUAAAAAUUGUAGGAUGAGGACUGGCAUGAAUUUAUUACAGGUACAAACUGUGUAUGGCAUGAAAGGUCGAAGGCCCUGUGAUGUGCCUAAUGAGCUUGUCCAUUUUAAGCAGGAAAGUAACCAAGGUUAACUGAAGAAAAUGAGUCUUUCCCCAAAGGAGAUAGAAGAUGGGGAAGAUGGGAUAGCAGAAGAUAAAGACAGUGGCAGUAGAGAUAAGAUUGUCACCCCUCAGAAGAAUGGCAGGAAGGUAAUAUCACCAAGCAGGAAGGGAGCCAGAUGGUCCAAGUGUGCAAAGGAAAGAUGUGCCCAACUAGAGCGUGAGAUUAGACGGGAGAGCCACAAGGACGAUGAAGAUCAGAGCAGUGAGUCGGACCAGAAUGAGAAAGAUGCUGAAACAGAAGCUCUGUCUCCUACACGGACCGAAAGGAGGGAAGCCCUGCCUGUGUGGGCUGAAGAAGAGGAACCUGACAGCCGCGGUGCCAAGAACGAACAAGGCCCUGAGGAAGAGGCUGAGGAGGAAGAGCCUAUCAGAAAAACACCUGAUAAAUGGAAGAAAGAAAUGGCCAACCAGAAAGCUUCCCCAGAAACCAAAAAACUGAAAUUAGAAGAUCGAGAUGCCAGGACACUUGUGAUCAAGAACUUGCCUGACAAAGUCACUCAGCAUGAAUUAAAAGAAGUUUUUGAGGAUGCUUUUCAAGUCAGAUUAGUGAAUAAGGCUGGGAUGAGUGAAAGGAUUGCCCAUAUCGAAUUCAAAUCACAAGCUGCUGCAGAGAGAGCCUGGGAAGAGAAGCAGGGAAUGGCGAUCCAUGGGCUUGCUGUAGCUCUGGACCACGCUGGAGAGAAAAGGCAAGGCCAAGAAAAUGGAGAUGGGAAGAACAGCCUCCGGAGGGUAGGAAAACGAAAGAUGGAACAGGAAAGCCACGUGUUUCAAGAAAAAUGGGAGAGAGCUUAUUUCUUUGUGGAGGUAAAGAAUAUUCUUACGUGUUUGAUAUGCAGACAAAGUCUGUCUGUAUCCAAAGAAUAUAACUUAAGACUCCAUUAUGAAACAAACCACAGUAAGAACCAUAAUGGCUAUACAGAAAAGAUGCGUAAUAGAAAAUUUAAUGAACUAAAAAAAAGACUGAAACUUCAACAUGACUUGGUUUUAAACCUGAAUAAAAUAAGCGAUGCUGCUAUGAAAUGUAGUUAUGUAUUAAGUGAAAAAAUGGCCCAGGCAUCAAAACCUUUGACAGAUGGUGAGUUUAUAAAAGAAUGUCUGUUGAGUGCAGCAGAAAUUAUGUGCCCUGAACAGAGACAAGCAUUUGCAAAUAUAAGACUGACUGGUAAUACUGUUGCUCAGCAAGUUGACUAUAUGUCUGAGAAUUUACAAGACAAGUUGCCGGAUAAAGUGAGGUCACUUGUGGCUUUCUCUAUCGCAGCUCACGAGAGCACUGAUGAAAAUAAUGGCACCCAGUUGGCUGUAUUUAUUCGUGGUGUUGAUGAAACUUUUGAUGUAACAGAAGAACUUUUAGACAUGGUACCCAUGACAGGCACAACCUCAGGAAAUGACAUAGUUUUAUGUGUUGAGAAAAGUCUUAAAAAAUUUAAUGUAGAUUGGUCAAAAUUAGUAAGUGUUACCACAGAUGGUGAUUCUGCAAUGGCUGGUAUUAAACAACUUGUUACAAAGCUUAAAUCUAAGGUGUCAGGGCUUUGCAAAGACACAGAACUUAAGUCUGUGCGUGGCCUCAUUCUCCAGGAAUCACUUUACACUAAAAAGUUAAAAAUGGGUCACGUCAUGGACAUUGUAAUUUAUACCAUAACCUGGCUACGUUCCCAUGGCUCCAACCACGGAAAGUUCAAUGCUUUGUUCAGUGAAUUAGAUGCACAAUAUGGAAGUCUGUUCUACCACAUGGACGUGAGGUGGCUGAGCCGUGGCAUAGUGCUAAAGCAGUUUUUUGAACUCUUGGAAGAAAUUGACUUUUUCUUGUCUUCUAAAGGAAAAUCUGUGCCUCAGCUUACUAGCAAAGAUUGGAUCAAAGACUUAGCCUUUUUGGUUGACAUUACAGCCCAUCUAAACACGUUGGCUAUUUCUCUGCAAGGGCGUUGCCAAGUGGUUACACAAAUGUAUGAUUCCGUUCGCUCAUUCCUAGCAAAAUUGUGUCUUUGGGAAACUAAUUUGGCAAAGAACAAUCUGGCCCACUUUCCUACUCUGAAACUAGUGUCUGGAAAUAAAAGUGAUGGCCUGAACUACAUUCCAAAAGUGAGAGAGUUGAAGAGUGAAUUCCAGAAAACAUACUCUGAUUUCAAACUUUAUGAAAAUGAGCUAAUACUGUUCAGUUCACCUUUUUCAAUUAAUAUUAAUGAUGUGAUUGAAGAGCUACAAAUGGAAGUUAUUGAAUUGCAGCACAAUACUAUACUGAAAACUAAAUAUGACGAUGUUGGAAUACCAGAAUUCUACAGGUAUCUUGGGAACGGAUACCCUAAAUAUAAAAAUCACUGCGCAAAGAUUCUGUCCAUGUUUGGAAGUACCUAUGUUUGUGAGCAGCUAUUUUCAGCUAUGAAACUAAAUAAAACAAGAUCUUGCUCCCUGCUCAAGGACACAAGGAUGUAGUCUCUACCAUACAUUGCUGCGCGAGAUUUGCAACCUGAUGUUGAUUGACAUCUUGGGGCAUAAGGAAAAUAUGUCAGAGUCCUGAUUUCAAAUCUGAGGAGUCAUAAGUUAGGAAAAUUGUAAUAAUUAUUUCUAUUUUGAAAUUAUAUUUUUUCAGGGUCAAAUUUAAAGUACCAUCUCUGGCAUCAUAUAUGUUUGUUAGACCUAGUCCCAUAUAAAAAUAAAAUUUGAUUAUACUU